GUGGUUCGGUUCUCGCUUGCCUUCUUCCACUCCCUGAAGAAUAUUCGACCUUUUCUCGAAAAACUCGAGAAUAUUAUCAUGAAAAAGCCUACGUAAGCUCGGAUAUAGAUUUAUUUAUCUAUGGAUUGGAUGAAGAGGCAGCGAAACAAAAAAUGCUUCAUAUUUAUAAUGUCGUCGCGGAUAAUGUUCCAUGGGAGGUCACAUGUGUUCGAGCAAAGAGUUGUGUAUCUAUUAUUAGUCAAUAUCCAUAUCGUCAUAUUCAGAUCGUUUUACGGUUGUAUCAAUCUCCUUCUGAAAUCUUGACCGGAUUUGAUGUUGAUUGUUGCUCUGUUGGAUUUGAUGGAGAAAACGCGUGGGCAUUACCAAGAGCGCACCAGGCCAUCACAAAACAAUGCAAUGUAGUCGAUUUGACACGGCGUUCACCUUCAUAUGAAAUGCGAUUAGCCAAGUAUACGGAGCGUGGUUUCGAAAUCAAAGUUCCAUCAUUGGAUCAUUCUCGAAUCGAUCCUACUAUUUACGAUCGCAGUUUUGAGAAAUUGCAUGGACUUGCUCGUUUACUCGUUCUGGAAAGAUUAGCUACUCCAGAUUUCAGAUUCAGAUACCUGGAGGAGAAAAGAGAAUGUUCAUUAAGACCAAAACAUUCAAAAGCAGGAAUUUAUGCAUCAAGAAGUUGGUCAAGAUCGCAAAAUUUGCGGCGCAGCAAAUUCGAAAACAGCGACUAUGAGACUGUUCAACUACCAUAUGGUGAAAGAUUUAAUGCGAAACGUAUCAAAAAGCUUAUAUAUAAGAAAGAUAUGGUGAUGAAUUCUCAUUGGAAUCAAAAGACUCGUAAACGGAUUCUUCAUCGGCAUCCUUGCUUUUUUGGCACAAUGGAACAAGUGUUCAAUGACUGUUGUGGGACAUGUCCUGAUCCAAGAACGCCUGAGGAAAAAGAACUUCAAGAAGAGGAGGAUAAAAUUUUCGUGAGAGGAGAAAUUUCCUUUAUCAAAGACGAUCCAGGACGCCAAGCAAUUGGUAGUUUCCAUCCACUUACGGAGGACGAUUGGACCGAAGAAGCAUUUAUUAGGCCUGUUCGUGAAGAUUUAUGUGUUGUAUCCGCUAAAGGCAAUCUUGAAAAAAUUAAGAAAGCGUUAGUUGAAGAAAAAGUGGAUGUAAAUGCCCGUGACUAUCUUGGUAGAACUCCUUUGCAAUUGGCUGUUAUGGGCGGAUUUACAGAUGCUGUUGCUCUACUGCUAGCUCAUGACGCAAGAAUCACUGCCAGAAUGUCGGAUGGCCGAACAGCGGUGCAUGUCGCUGCUAUGCUUGGCUUUAUGGAUAUUCUUGAGCUCUUGUUCAAGAAAAGUGAUAUCAAUAAAAAAAAAGCAGAAAAGCGAGAUUUGAAAGAAACAUUAGCUGAAACAGAAUCGCAAUUGGUAUCACUUGCGUGGGAUCAUCAAUUUACUCCUCUAGAAUAUGCUAUUUUAUUUGGUCGAUUAGAAAUUGCAAAGCUAUUAAUCAAGUAUGGCGCGAACGUUAAGCGUCCUAUCAAGUUUAGCGGGCUACCAAUUGUUUAUAAUAAUUAUUACUCAAGUAAGAAAGUAUAUUUUCCUUUGAGUUUGUCGAUGUUGACUAGAGAUCAAGGAAUGGGGUUGAAAAUCGCGACUUUAUUAUUAGAAAAUGGAGCUAUGACUUCACAA